UAAUAAUAUUAUAAGAAUAUCCUCCACCAUAAAAUAAAACCUCAACAUGAAAAAAAACAAAACUCCAAAUUAACUCCAAAAAAAAACAAAGCCGUGAAAUCGACGUAUAACCACAGGGCCAUUUCCGUAAUUCCACACCUCAUCUUCUCCUUCCCCAUAUCUGCAAUCAAAAUUCCUUCAUCUCGCCUUUCACCAACCUAGUAUUCCACCAGAUUCAAAACUCAAUCCCUAAAUCCACCCCCAAAAAACUCAAUCAGCCAUGCCGAAUCGCCGCCAGCAGCAAGGCUCCGGCUACAAUUACGCCACCAGCUCCGAUUCCGAAUUAGAAGAGGAAGAGGAAUUGGAAGAAGAGGAAGCUACCAAUUUGGAAAUCUGCGGCCGCGAUUGCGGAUUCCGCGGCCGCCAGUGGCGGCUCUGGGGCGGAGUCCUCGACCCCAGGGCCGCGUGGGUGCAGGAGUGGAACCGGUUAUUCCUCCUCGUCUGCGCCGUGGGGCUGUUUGUGGACCCGCUCUUCUUCUACACGCUGUCGAUAAGCGAGAGCUGCAUGUGCCUCUUCGUCGACGGGUGGUUCGCCGUCACCGUCACCGUCCUCCGCUGCAUGAUCGACGCGCUGCACCUCUGGAACGUGUGGCUGCAGUUCAACAUGAACCGCAGCCCUGACGACCGCAGAGCGCAUGACCGCGCCACGGUCGCCUUCAAGUACCUCAAGUCGCGCAAGGGCUUCUCGUUCGACCUCUUCGUCAUCCUCCCCUUGCCCCAGAUAGUAAUCUGGGUGAUCAUCCCAAAGCUUCUAGAAAGAGGAUGGACGACGGUGGUGAUGACGGUGUUGUUGGUGAUGUUCGUGUUCCAAUACUUGCCCAAAAUCUACCACUCGGUAUGUCUGCUCCGCCGCAUGCAGAAUUUCUCCGGGACCUACAUUUUCAGCUCCGUUUGGUGGGGCAUUGCUCUCAACAUGAUCGCGUACUUUGUCGCAUCCCACGCUGUAGGGGCGUGCUGGUACUUGCUCGGCAUCCAACGAGGUGCGAGAUGCUUGAGGGAUCAAUGCAUGACGACCAAAGGCUGCGACAUAAAGAUGAUGGCAUGUCAACAUUCAAUUUACUAUGGGAAUAAAGAUCUCAUUAGUGAUAGAACGAGAUUCAUAUGGGGAGAGAAUAGGCAUGCGAGGUCUUCAUGCCUUCAAAAUUAUGACAAUUUCGACUAUGGCGUUUAUAAGUGGACCGUGCAGCUCGUCACCAAUAAUAACCGUCUUGAGAAAGUAUUGUUUCCUAUAUUUUGGGGACUUAUGACUUUGAGUACUUUUGGGAAUCUAGAGAGCACGACUGACUGGCUAGAAGUGGUGUUCAUCAUAAUUGUCCUCACCACUGGACUUUUGCUUGUCACAAUGUUGAUCGGUAACAUCAAGGUUUUCUUGCACGCGACAACGUCAAAGAAGCAAGCGAUGCAGCUGAAGAUGCGAAACAUAGAGUGGUGGAUGAGAAAGAGGCGGCUGCCGCAGGCGUUCAAGCAGAGGGUGCGCAACUACGAGAGGCAGCGGUGGGCUGCGAUGCGUGGUGUCGAUGAAUGUGAGAUGACUCGGAAUCUUCCGGAAGGCCUCAGGAGAGACAUCAAGUAUCAUCUGUGUUUGGACUUGGUGAGGCAGGUGCCAUUGUUCCAGCACAUGGACAAUCUCGUGCUCGAGAACAUAUGUGACCGAGUCAAAUCUCUCAUUUUCACAAAAGGAGAAACGAUAACGAGAGAAGGCGAUCCGGUGCAACGAAUGCUCUUCAUCGUGCGAGGCCAUCUCCAGAGCAGCCAAGUCCUCCGCGACGGCGUGAAGAGCUGCUGCAUGCUCGGGCCGGGGAACUUCUCGGGGGACGAGCUCCUCUCGUGGUGCCUGAGGAGGCCGUUCGUCGAGAGGCUCCCGCCGUCGUCGUCGUCCCUGGUGACGCUGGAGACGACGGAGGCCUUCGGGCUGGAGGCGGAGGACGUGAAGUACGUGACGCAGCACUUCCGGUACACGUUCGUGAGCGAGAAGGUGAAGCGGAGCGCGCGGUACUACUCGCCCGGGUGGCGGACGUGGGCGGCCGUGGCGAUCCAGCUGGCGUGGAGGCGGUACCGGCACCGCCUCACGCUCACGUCGCUGUCUUUUAUAAGGCCUCGGCGGCCGCUGUCGAGGUGCUCGUCGCUUGGGGAGGAUAGGUUGAGGCUUUACACGGCUUUGCUCACUUCUCCUAAGCCUAAUCAUGAUGAUUUUGAUUUUUGACUUUUUAUUGGGGUGUGUUGAUUUGUUGAUUUUAGUUGUUUGUGGGAUUUUGGUAUGUCUUGUUUAAUGUUGGGAAAAGUGAUGAUAUAUAAAAUCGAAUAACUAUUUAUUC